AUGGAAGCUAUGCCGCAAAUGCAACCACCACCAGUGCAACCACCUGUGACUAUGGAGUUGAAGCCAGUGGUUUAUAAUCCUUACGCGGAACCACCACCAGAGCAAGAAACAAAAAGGCCUGUUGAAGAGCAAGAAAAACUGCCACUCGCUCAGCCCGAAAUCAAGACGGAAGCUCCAGCUCCUCAAGAAGAAAUGGAUGUGAAACCAUCUCGCCCAGAACCGGAGCCCCAGCCCUUAAUUCAGCCUUCAGUUAAUUUGUUUGAUGACAGGGAUGAUGCAACUCCUCCUAUGCGAACUGAUGCGGUCGAGGAAGAACAGGAGGAUGCCGAUGAGAAGUCAAUGGAUACAACGAGUCUUGCCAUAGCCGAAGAUGAGGAAACUAAAGCUGAGCCAGAAGAAGACACUUCAGAUGAGCCAACACCUGGACCAAGCAGCAGCCGCGAUCCUUCACCUGAAGAGAGUGAAAUCAAUGAAAGCGAAACGCCCUCUGUAAAACCCGCGAAAAGAUCAAGGAAUAAGGAUAGGGUUGCAACUUUGUCUAAGGAAGAGGUCUAUGAUGACCGAGAUGCGACACCCAGCGAGGUCGCUGAGUCGACAGAUGGAGUUUUUACGGAACCGUCAACUCCUGCUCCUGCGGAAGGCCGAAAACCAAAGAGGCUCCCUAUAGUUCGGUCACGGAAGAAAAAGAGCGUCGAUGAUUCUGGCGAUGAUGACGAUGAUUUCGUGCCUGAUGGACGGAGUAGAAAAUCCGGUAAAAGAAUUCCUUCUAAGCCAACGAAAGAAGCUGUUGAUGAUGACGAUAAGCGUAGCACAUCCAAAUGGGCUGAUGCGAUUGACGGAGUUGAUGAUGACGCUGAAGAUUCAAUUCUGACCACGGAUUCUCAAGAGACGCAGUCCAGUGAUCAUCAGAUUGUUGAGAAGAUUCUCAAUCAACGUGAAGGUCCUGAUGGUGGUGAACAGCAGUAUCUCAUCAAGUGGAAAGGCAAAGCUUAUGUGCAUUGCGAAUGGAAAACGCUGAAGGAAUUAGAAGAAGUCGAUAAGCGUGCUGUAGCCAAAGUGAAGCGAUUCCGACAAAAGAAAUCACACUCGAAUAAUGAGGAAGAAGAAGAUUUUAAUAGCGAUUACACCGUGGUAGACCGUGUUGUAGAUGUAGGAACUGGAGACGAUGGAUUAGAAUAUGCCCUAGUGAAAUGGAAAAGCUUAGCGUAUGAUGAGGUCACAUGGGAACCUAUCGAGUCUAUACCCGAGGAAAAGAUUGCUCUGUGGAGGAAGCGGCAAAUAAUAGACAAAGCGAAAGUGAAAGAAAAGCCUCGUCCGAAAGCUAGUGAGUGGUCAAAAAUGCCCGAGGAUAUCAUUUGGAAAGAUGGGAACACUCUGCGAGAAUAUCAGUUUGAAGGCGUAGAUUGGCUGCUGUAUUGCUACUACAAUGAGCGCAACUGCAUACUCGCUGAUGAAAUGGGUCUUGGAAAAACCGUGCAGACAAUAACCUUCCUGUCGCAGAUUUAUGAGUACGGAAUUCAUGGUCCAUUUCUAAUUGUUGUCCCUCUCUCCACAAUACACAACUGGGUUAGAGAGUUCGAGACGUGGACAGAUAUGAAUGCUGUGGUCUAUCAUGGAAGUCAACAUAGUCGAGAUGUUAUCCAGCAGUAUGAAAUUUAUUACGCUAAGCAGCAUUCUGGUGGCAAUAAGUCGUGGCGAAAAAAUUUGGUGAAGCUGGAUGCGUUGAUUACCACCUUUGAGAUGGUUGUGACAGACUGCGAGUUCUUGCGAAAAAUCCCCUUCAGAGUAUGUGUCAUUGAUGAGGCUCAUCGUCUUAAGAAUAGGAAUUGCAAGUUGUUGACCGGAGGAUUACAUGCUUUCCGCAUGGAACAUCGUGUUUUACUCACUGGAACACCUCUUCAAAAUAAUAUCGAAGAGCUGUUCUCUUUACUCAAUUUCUUGCAUCCCCAACAGUUCAGCAGUUCAGCGGCGUUCUUGGAACAGUUUGGCCAAUGUCAGUCUGAUGAACAAGUACAAAAGUUACAAGAGAUACUGAAACCGAUGAUGCUUCGACGACUUAAAGAAGAUGUUGAGAAGUCGCUCCAGCCUAAAGAAGAAACAAUCAUUGAGGUGCAAUUGUCGGAUAUGCAGAAGAAGUACUACCGUGCUAUUCUAGAGCGGAAUUUUUCUCAUCUUUGUAAAGGAUCAUCCGCACCUUCUCUCAUGAAUGUUAUGAUGGAGUUGAGAAAGUGCUGUAAUCAUCCUUUCCUAAUACAGGGUGCUGAGGAAACGAUAUUGUCCGAACUGAAGUUACUCCAUCCAGAAUGGGACGAAGAAACACUGGCACAUAAAGCCCUAGUUCAAGCUUCUGGAAAAGUUGUGCUGAUUGAAAAGCUUUUGCCCAAAUUACGAAACGAUGGUCACAAGGUUCUCAUCUUUUCUCAAAUGGUCAAAGUAUUGGAUCUUCUUGAAGAAUUCCUUAUCAACAUGAACUAUCCGUUUGAACGAAUAGAUGGUAAUGUACGCGGUGACAUGCGGCAGGCGUCUAUUGAUCGGUUUUCAAAGAAAGAUUCCGAUCGGUUCGUUUUCCUCCUCUGUACUCGUGCUGGUGGGCUGGGAAUCAAUCUCACAGCUGCUGAUACUGUCAUCAUUUUCGACUCGGAUUGGAAUCCACAGAACGAUCUGCAGGCUCAAGCA